CCAAUUUACUUCCAAAAAAACCCCAUUUCAUUCAGCUUUUAUUUGUCUGCAAAAAGACGAGGAAGGCAUUUUUUUAUGCACCCAUAUUGUAUGUAAGCCUGUAUGUACGUAUGUAUGUAUGUAUGUAUGUAUGCAUGUAUGCAUGUAUGUAUGCAUGUAUGUAUGGAUGGGUGGCUGUAUGUUUGAAAUCAUGAAUUUGAAGAUAUAAAAAUCUGUCCAUCCAUCCAUCCAUCCAUCUUUUCAUCCAUACAUCCAUCGAGUCGGCCAUCCUUCCAUCAACGAGCUAUCUAUCUAUCUAUCUAUCUAUCUAUCUAUCUAUCUAUCUGUCUGUCUGUCUGUCUGUCUGUCUGUCUGUCUGUCUGUCUGUCUGUUUGUCUGUCUGUCUGUCUAUCUGUCUAUCUAUCUAUUUACCUAUCUAUCUAAGUCAAUCCCAUCUGGAAACAUUCGGAAGACUUACGAAAUACUUAUUGACAGAGACAGCUGAUAUUCUCUCUCUCUCUCUCUCGCUCUAUCUCGUUCUCUCUCUCUCUCUCUCUCUCUCUCUCUCUCUGGUAGUCUAACUGCUUGUCUGUCUAGCUCUCCGUCUAUUUAUCCGUUUCUCUCCCUCUCUCUUUGCACAUUCACCUACUCACCCCUUCCCUCACACACCCACACGCACACGCCCCCCACUACAUAUAUAUACGUAUAUUUAAUUAUAUCUAUAUAUAUUUCCACACAUUGAUAUUGUCCCGUAAACUGAAUACUCUAGUUUGUGCAGUUCGUGAAAACAGAAUCAAAGAUGGGAGAAGAAACGGUAAAAUUAAAGAAAAAUUUAGGACUGAUGUCAGGAAUUACGUUAAUCGUUGGCACUAUGAUAGGUUCUGGAAUUUUCAUUUCACCGAAAGGAGUCCUUUCGAAUUCAGGGUCUGUUGCUCUUAGUUUGAUUGUGUGGACAGGGUGUGGAGUACUGGCAACAUUUGGAGCUUUAAGUUAUGCCGAACUUGGAACAUGUGUGCCGAAAUCUGGAGCAGAACACGCCUACUUCCUAUUCGCUUACAGUCCACUGGGCAAGAUUUUCGGCCGAAUACCAUGUUUUCUAUUUGACUGGGUUGGUCUAUUCAUUAUCCGACCAACUAUGUUUGCUGUAAUAAGUUUAUCAUUGGGAACAUACGCUGCAAAACCUUUUUACGAAAAUUGCGACCCGCCAGAUUCUGUGGUCAAGCUCAUCACUAUUGCUACGAUGUUACUUAUUGCAUUUAUAAAUGCAUGGAGUGUUCGAGUAGCGACAACAGUUCAAAACGUUUUAACAAUUGCGAAGUUAUUAGCUAUUGCUAUCAUCAGCGGUGGUGGGAUCUACAAACUUGCAGCAGGAAAUACAGAGUACAUUAUGGAAGGAUUUGAAGAUACUAUCACUGACCCAUCAAUAGUUGCAUUGGCAUUUUACAAUGGAUUGUGGUCUUUCGAUGGCUGGAAUAACUUGAACUUUGUUACCGAAGAAUUGAAGAAUCCUUAUAGAGAUUUGCCUCUCUCCAUCAUAAUUGGCAUCCCUCUCACCACUGUCUGUUAUGUACUCACCAAUAUUGGAUACUUCAGUGUUAUGUCUAAAGAGGAAAUCAAUGCAUCUCAUGCAGUGGCUGUCCUUUGGGGCGAAAGGGUCCUCGGAAUCAUGGCUUGGAUAAUGCCAAUGUUUGUUGUUAUGUCAUGUUUCGGAGCGGCCAAUGGUGUCUUAUUCUCAACCGGAAGAUUUUCCAUAUUUUCAUAACAGUUUCUUGCAGUG